CAAAUACUCGAGUUGAUAAAUGGACAUUAAAUUCAAGUACUAGUACUUCAGCAAUGUAUGUGAAGAACUCGUGUUGGGGUCUCUUCAUCGAUAUUAAUAAUAAUCUUUAUUGUUCAAUGUAUGCACUCAAUCAAGUUGUCAUGAAAUCAUUGACUACUAAUUCAGCUAUGUGGACAGUUGCUGCUGGUGCAAACUGUUCGGUACCAAGUACGAAUACACUUAAUGGUCCUUGUGGAAUUUACGUUGAUACAAAGCUUAAUUUAUAUGUUGCUGAUUGCGGUAACAGUCGAAUUCAAUUAUUUCUAUCAACACAAAUAAUUGGAAAAACGGUCGCAGGUACGGGAGCAAUAGGAACUAUUGCUCUAAAUUGUCCUACUGGAAUUGUUCUUGAUGCUAGUGAUUAUCUCUACAUUACGGACUGUAAUAAUCACCGUAUUGUUGCGUCAGGACCGAACGGAUUCCGCUGUUUGGUUGGAUGUUCAGGCGUCUCUGGUGCAGCAUCUAAUCAAUUAUAUUAUCCGACUGCUUUAAGUUUUGAUAGCUAUGGAAAUAUGUAUGUUGUUGAUCAAUUCAAUAAUCGAAUACAAAAGUUUCCUAUAACAAGCACUUCUUAUAAUGUGACUCUUAAUCAACCAAACUUGUGUCCAUCUACAACAUGGUAUACAAAUGCAAUUACAUUUGCCAAUGCUAGUACGGCUGGAACUCUCGUAUAUGGUGUUUUUGUUAGUAUUAAUAAUACUGUGUAUGUAGCUAAUCAACAAACUAACAAAGUCAUAGUAUGGUUCGAAGGAAGUAUUAAUCCAGAUAAAAUUAUUUCUGGUAGUCUGAAUACGUCAUUCGAUCUUUUCGUUACUCCUUUAGGUGACAUAUAUGUUGAUAAUGGUUUAAGUAAUGGUCGAAUUGAUAAAUUUUCAUUCAACUCAAGCAUAAGUACUUCUGUAAUGUCAGUUCCUAAUGCAUGUUACGGCAUUUUUGUUGAUAUUAGUAAUACUCUUUAUUGUUCAGCAUUUUAUUCUCAUCAAGUUGUUAAGAAAUGGUUGAAUGAUAAUGUACUCACAUCAACUAUUGUUGCUGGCAACGGUACAGCAGGAUCAACAGCGACUACGCUUAAUGGGCCUUUGGGAAUUUUUAUCGAUGCUCACGUUAAUUUAUAUGUUACAGAUUUUUAUAACAAUAGAAUACAAAUGUUUCCCGUUGGACAAUUUAAUGGGAUAACUUUAGCGGGAGCUAGUGUACCAGGAACUAUUACACUUAAUCAGCCAAAUAGUAUUACAUUAGAUGGUAAUGGAUAUCUUUUUAUUACGGAUACUUAUAAUCAUCGAAUAAUUGGAUCAGGACCAUAUGGUUUUCGAUGUUUAUUUGGGUGUACGACAAUAUAUGGUUCUGCACCAAGUCAAUUGUAUUAUCCAGCAACUUUAAGGUUUGAUAGUUAUGGAAAUCUAUUUGUUGCUGAUAGAUUUAACUAUCGCGUGCAAAAGUUUAUAUUAGCAUCAAAUUCAUGUAGUCUUUCUUAUAAUCAACCAACAUUUUGUUAUAAUGCUUUAUGGUAUUCUAGUGCAUCAACUUUUGCAUCAAGUAGUACAAUUGGUACUUCACCUUAUGGUAUUUUUAUUGAUGGAAUUAAUACUGUGUAUGUACCUAAUCGAGUUAGUAACACUAUUUUAUCAUGGCCUCAAUGGAGUAAUACAUCAACAAGUAAUAGUUAUAGUAAUUUAAGUAGUCCAUACAGUCUUUUUAUGUCUAUGACUGGUGAUAUUUAUAUUGAUAAUGGUUAUUCAUAUGGUCGAGUCGAUAAAUAUACAUUUAAUACAUCAAAUUCCGUUACUGUUAUGAAUGUGAAUGAAAGCUGUUAUGGUUUAUUUAUUGAUAUUAACAAUAAUCUUUAUUGUUCACUUAAAAAUCUUCAUCAAGUUGUUAAACUUUUACUUAAUAAUGGUACAACCAUUCCGACAAUUGCAGCCGGAAAUGGUUCUGCUGGAUCACUAUCAAAUAUGCUUAAUUCUCCACAAGGAGUCUAUGUUGAUAGUAAUUUAAACUUAUAUAUUGCAGACAGUGCUAACAAUCGUAUUCAAUUCGUUCAAACUGGUCAAUUAAAUGGAAUGACAAUCGUUGGUAAUGGAUCAUCAGCAAAUAUUAUACUCAACUAUCCGACUGGAGUUGUCCUUGAUGCUAAUGGUUAUCUUUUUAUUGUCGAUAGUUAUAAUCAUCGUAUUGUUGCUUCAAGUUAUUAUGGUUUUCGAUGUAUAGUGGGAUGUUCAGGAGGUGGUUCAACUGCAUCUCAAUUAUCUUUUCCACAAAGUAUGGCUUUUGAUAGCUAUGGAAAUAUAUAUGUUACUGAUCGAAAUAAUAGUCGAGUGCAACAAUUCACUCUUCAAACUAACAAUUGCAGUAAGUUAUUUCAAUACCGACUACCACCACCACUACUACUACGAGCAGCACCAGCAGUACCACAACUAGCACUACUACUACUACCACGAGUAAGACUACAAGCAGUAGCAGUACAACAAGUAGUACUACCACCACCACUAGUAGCACUACUACUACUACAACCAGUACCACGAGUAGCACUACGACUAGCAGUACUACUACGAGCAGUAGCACUACCACUACCACCACCAGUACUACAAGCAGCAGUACUACAAGUAGCACUACUACCACUACCACUACCAGUAGUACAACUACAAGCAGUAGCAGUACCACAAGUACCACUACUACUACUACUACUACCACAAGUACUACAACAAGUAGCAGUAGUACCACAAGUAGUACUAGUACGAGCAGCAGUAGCACCUCAAGUACCACUACUACCACGACCACCACUAGCAGUACUACUACUACUACCACCACAAGUACUACAACAAGUAGCAGCAGUACCACAAGUACCACUACCACCACAAGCAGUAGUACCUCAAGCAGCACCACUACAAGCAGCAGCAGCACUUCAAGUACUACUACUACUACCACUACCACCACUAGUACUACAACAAGUAGCCGCAGCUCCACAAGCAGUACCACCACGAGCAGCAGUAGUACUUCAAGUAGCACUACUACUACCACUAGUACGACAACAAGCAGCAGCAGUACUUCAAGUAGCACCACUACCACGACCACCACUACCAGUAUCACUACGAGCAGUAGCAGUACUACAAGUAGUAGUACAACGAGCAGCAGCAGUACUACAAGUAGUACUACCACGAGCAGCAGCAGUACUUCCAGUAGCACCACUACUACGACCACCACCAGCAGCACCACUGCGAGCAGUAGUAGCACUACAAGUAGCAGUACAACGACUAGUAGCAGUACUUCAAGUAGUACUACCACAAGCACUAGUAGUAUCUCAAGUAGCACUACUACCACCAGCAGUAGUACUUCAACAAGCAGUAGCAGUACCACAAGUAGUACCACUACAAGCAGCAGCAGUACUUCAAGUAGCACGACUACCAGUACCACUACGAGCAGUAGCAGUACUACAAGUAGCAGUACAACAAGUAGUAGUAGUACUUCAAGUAGUACUACCACGAGCAGCAGUAGUACCUCAAGUAGCACUACUACCACCAGCAGUAGUACUUCAACGAGCAGUAGCAGUACCACAAGUAGUAUAG